GUGCGUUGUGAUUCCAAGUUUUCCAGUGGCAGCAACGGCGGCGGCGGCGCAGGUGCAGCUGCUGCUAACGGUAACGGCGGUAACGGCAACGGUCACAACAACGGUGCCGGCGGCGCCCCAUGCGGUUGGCGGACCUACCAGCAGGCCUUCAUGUCGGACGGCAGCCGGCUGUGCCUCAACUGCUCGAAACCGGUUCCGGACUGCAGCCUGCCUCCCGCCUCCCACCUGGACAACACGGACUACCUCUUCUGCGACCCCGCCUGCGAGACCCGCUACUACGUCAAGGCCUCUGGCAGCGCGCUGCGCCGCACGCUAGCCCGGCUGGAGCACGGCGUGUGCCAGAUGUGCGGGCUGGACUGCGCCAACCUGGUACGACAGCUGCAG